GGAAAAUGUUGAGUUUGCCGAAGCACUUUUCGCCUGAAAAGUCGAAUUCUUGCCCUAACUCGGGGCCAGUCCCAAGUCAAGAAAAGCUCAAAGCGACUUCAGCUCAAUUUCCCAUCUGCAGACCCCAAGAAGGAACGCUGUUGAUUCUUCCCCUGCGGACAUAUCGAACUCGGCUCGCAUCCCGACGAUUUCCAUCUCGCAUCGGAUUCGCGAGGAUCUGCAGCAGCUUCCGCCGGGUCCAGCAAUGGCGAAGCACUGAAUCCUGCACUCGGGUCGGCACCGAUUUGUUCCUUCUUCUGCAAUGGGUAUUCGAGAUAACGGCAAGUUCCUUUUGCUCUAUCUGCUUCUUGUGUUCUCUCACGUACCUGGGUUUUGGGUGUUCGCGGAUAGUGAUCAUAUCCAUGCUCAGGGCGAGCGUGUCGAUGCUGAAGGUGUUGAUUUGGGCCACGAACAGCAUCUUUUGUUGCAGAGGCUUGAGGAAUUAGUGAGGAAUCUUAGCGAGGUUGUUUCUAGAUUAGAGUCGCGGGCUUCGACGCCGGGUGGUGAUGUUUCUGAGAGCCCGAAACUGCCCAAUAACGAUAGUGUUGAAAAAGGAGGCUGUAGUGAUAAGAAAGUUAGUGGAGAAGUUGAAGAAAGGGAUGGUUUCGGGAGCAAUGCUCGAGAUGGGGAGAGAGAUAGGCGGCAGGGUUCUGUUACCAAGUAUAGUCCUUUUUGGUCUGAGAAAUUCCAGUUUGUGUCUGCGGUGAAAUUGGGUCUUGAAGCUACGUGCAUCAAUGUCUUGCCCUAUCAGGAUUAUGAAGGGCUUAGCAAGUAUGUUGCCAUCGGGGAUGAGAGGGGGAGGGUCUACGUGAUCUUGAGAAAUGGGGAUGUUCCAGAUCAGUUCGACACGAUGUCGGAAUCGCCAGUUACGGCCAUGGUGUCGUAUAUGUCGGUUUAUAAGAAUGAGAGUGUCAUGGUGACAGGGCAUCGGAAUGGCGUGAUCUUGGUGCAUAAGGUAUGGGAGAGAUCAAAUGGUGAAGAAUCAAGUUCGCUUUCUAUGGAAACGGUGGGUAAAUUCGCUGUGCGUGGAAACUCUGAGGAUGAGGGAUCAGCAAUUACCAUAUUGGAAGUACAUCAUGUUGGGAGAAUGAGAUAUAUUAUAUCAACAGAUAUAAGUGGAAGGAUUAAUAUACUCAAAGAAGAUGGGACAGCAUAUGGUUCUGUGAUAGAACCUUCAAGCAGGCCACUUGCAUUUUUAAAGCAGAGGCUUCUGUUUUUGACUGAGAAAGGGGCUGGGUCAUUGGAUUUGAGGAGCAUGAAACUCCGAGAAUCUGAAUGUGAAGGAUUGAAUCAUUCGCUAGCGAGGUCCUAUGUUUUUGAUGCCACCGAGCGGUCUAAAGCAUAUGGAUAUACAUCAGAGGGUGAUCUCAUUCAUGUGUCACUGUUGGGGGAUGUCGUGAACUUCAAAUGCCGGGUCAGAUACAAGAAGAAGUCUGAGAUAGAAGAGCCUCUUGCUUUAGAGACGAUUAAGGGUUACUUGCUCGUUGUUAACCAAGAGAAAGUUUUUGUCUACAAUGUAUCAUCCCACCAUUAUGUUAGAGUCGGUGUGCCUCGGCUUCUUUUCUCUGCUUACCUGGAUGAGAUCAGAUCUUCUUUCUUGAAUCAUCCAAUAAAUGAUGUAGAUGAUUCAAGGAAAACAACACUGCCUUUGGUUGCUUGCGAUCGGGAAAAGCUAGUUGUUCUUGGACUUGGCAAUGGCUUUGUUGGGAUGUACCGCUCUAAUCUUCCAAUUUUCAAGGGUGAGUUCAAUACAAUGUUGUCGACGAGUCCUGUGGUGUUCUUCAUACUCUUCUUGUUUGGAGCAUGGUAUUUCUUUGCCAAGAAAAAGGAGGCGCUUACAUCAUGGGGACCCGAUGAUCCUUUUAGCUCCACAUCUGCCACAACUGGCGCUCCAUUAGGAGCUACUUCUGGAGAUCGGUCUUUCGUUGAGUCUUCCUCUAGAAGUGAUUUAAUGGAUCUGCGAGGUAGUGGCCUGAGAUCAUCGCGAAGAUAUGGUUCUCCUUCACGGUAUCCUUCUGGAGCGACCAGUUCAUUUAGACCGAGUUCAGCCGAUCACAAUUCUAGACCUCCUGUUGAUCCAAACUACAGGACAUCUUCAGAGCUAAAAUUUAGAGGGACCCCUAUGGAGUCUUCCGGUUUUGCCAAAAGAAGGGAGGGCCUAUUUGUAAACAGCCAAGCUGGGGAUGAUAAUAACUGAUAUAGAAACACAGGUCGUAUACUUUCUUGGAGAGUUGUGGCUCUUUCUCAUCGAACGUUUGAGCUAAGAGAAGCUGCCUGGACCAUCAGUUGCUGUGACUUUGUUACUCUGACACACCAAAAGCAAAAUAAUGGAGCAUUUCAAGAAUCUCUUGUACUAUGUCUUCAUCUAUGAACACAGUGGUAGUGAAGUUUCUUUUGAGCCUGAAGCCAUCUUUCUUGAAUGUUUAUUUCUCUGUCUGGUAGAAGAGUUAAAGAUUCCAUCACAGACUCCGUUUUGGUUGUGUAUGAAAUGGCAUGCUUGAAAGUGUGAUUUAUUAGGGUGAUUUGGAAAGAA